AUGUACUCAUUUAAUGGAGAAUUUGAUGAUUCUUCUGCAACUCGCAGUGCGAACAAUAUUUCCGUUAUGAAUAAAUUAAAUGAUUAUUUUAAAGUCUCCUUGGGAGAACCAAAGAGUAAUCACCUUAAUGAUGCGGAAAGCAAUACAACGACGACAAAUGCAAAUUCAACGAUUACUUCUACCUAUGGGGAAAAUGCCAGCAUUUCCUCGUGUAAUGACAAAAUGCAGCAACAAGAUGAUGAAGCUCUACAUGAUUCGCAGGAUGACGAUGAAGCACGUGCAUUUAAAUCCCAAUUUGAUGAAAUUAAAUGUGCAACAAGAAUGCUUGAAAAUUCUAAAAAUAACGCUUAUAAUAGAUUCCAAGGAUUUGCUGGGCGGGUACCCACACCUUUACAGAGGAGAGUUGGUGAAACGGGACCAAAUCCGAUUCAUCAAAGAUCGUAUUCUUACUCAACGUACCAACAGCAAACAAAUCGACACAUGUUAAAGCCCCAACGAAGUAUUUCAUCUAUUAAAGGAUUAUCUCUUAACGGGAAUUCAUCAGCAUAUUCCGUCGGCAAAUUUUACUCGAAUCAAAAGCCUUCAACUCCAUAUACUUCCCAUGGGUUUGAUUUAUUCGAUAAUGCCGAUGAUUUAUUUUCUCCAUUACGACUACAAUUUGAUGAUUCAAAUUCUGUCAAUGGAAAUGAUGAUGCGUUUAUGAGAUAUAAGGAUAUAGAGAAUGGCGGCGGUAGAAGUUUCAAUCCCAACAGAUUCGGGAAUAAUGGUUCCGUCGACGAAUGGGAUGAUUCUUAUCCCUCCACACCAAUUUCCAAUGGUCAAUUUACCCCACUCCCACUUACUCCUUCUUCAACAUAUUCGAACCGAUCUCCAUACCUUGCACAUCAAAAUUCAUUGUUGGAUGAUGAAGAACUUAUUGAAAAGGCUAAGCUCCUUGAAGAUAAACAACGUUUAAUUUUAAUUCAACAACGUCAAUUAGAUAAUGCGCUUGCUGCUUUAAAUGAAAAUGAGGCUAGAUACAAGUUAAAUAACACAACUCCUCCACCUAUGCCUACGCGUGGGAAUUCAAGCUCGUCUUUACAAAAAAAUUCUUUUGGAAGUAAACUUACUGUUCCUCCUCCACGUUUCCAAACUUCUCAAGAUCCUAUUGGACCUCCAACCAAGAAAUCCGGAUAUAAUACCCCUCUGCCCAUAACUCCUACAGAAAGCAAUAGCCCUUCUCCUACAUUUUCAUUAUUUUCCAAUCCUCCAGCAUUAUCACUUAAUCAAAAUUUGAUGAACCAGCAGCAAAAUUAUAAACAAACGAUGGUAUCUGAUAAGAAUAGUUUUGAAUUCAAUCCAUUUGAUGAAUGUCUUACCCCCUCAAAUUCUUCACCAAAAACCAAAAAUAAUGACGAUGGAUAUUUUAGCUAUUGUUCUCAUCCAAAUAUUCCAAGCACUAAGAAUAAUAUUUGGGCUGAAAAUAAUUAUUUUUCGUCUCAUCAAGAAACAAAGCGUAAUGAUUUUUAUUCAACGAAUUAUAAACUUUUGUCACCUACUAUUCCGGCAUCUCCGGCUAGUUACUUCCGUGCUUCGCUUUAUUCUUCACCGGUCAAUGAAUGUGAAGAGGAAAAUUUAUUUGCCGACGAUAGUAGUGAUAUUGCUAAAACUAUUGUAGAUAUUAAACAACAAGCUUUAGCAACAAGAGAUCAAAUUAUACAAAAUAUUAUUAUAAACAUCUUUAAAGAAAUUGCUUUUAAUUAA